GAGGAGGAAGGAAAGGAAUGGUGGGAUGCGAGCUGAGCAGAGCGUAUCAUGUGCUUUAGCAGAGGCAGUUGCAGCAGCAAGUCAUUAAGUCAGACUGCACCAUUUUUUCCCUCACCCUGUAAGGAGGUGAUGCUUGAAGCUGCAAGGAGCUGUCCACCCCCACCCACCCCCUUCUGACAGCUUUACAGAGGUGGCUCCGUCCUGGCUCUCGGAAGACACAACCCAUCUGGAGGAAUCCCAAUAGACCUUUUUCUAAUUCGAUGAGAUUUGUUUAGCAGGGCUGAUUUUCUCCCACCUGCCACAGCAAAACUGAAGAGCUUCCUUGCUCUAAGGCUUUUUUUCCUACGCCAGAGCAAUUUGUAUUUGUGCCUACGUGUGUGUUUAUAUGUAAGAGAUCCUUGAGUUGCAACCUGCUGGUAUUGUGCUGUAUUAUGGAUCCUGCAGAGGCUGGAGAAAAGCUGUGACUCUGUUUGAGUCUGUGCUGGAGAAGGAAGAAGAGGAUUGCCCUGUGGAAUUCCUGGCCAGCAGCCAGGUCUCCGGGAAGAUAAACAAAUCACCUAGAUAUCGCUGUGUUAGGAACUGAUCUUUUGGACCAGGUGUCCCCCUCUCUGAAAUGGCUCACGCUGCCGCUUCCAUUAAAAAAGUUCGGGAGGCUGAAGUCGAUGAAAGGGAGAAGGAGAAAGAAAAGGAAAAGAAAAGGCAGAGGAGAAUCUCUAGGGAAAAUCGGAAACGCAAGUCUGACAGCAAUGCAAGCUUCCUCAGAGCUGCCCGAGCAGGCAAUCUGGAUAAAGUGGUGGAAUACCUAAAGGGAGGAAUCGACAUCAAUACAUGCAAUCAGAAUGGACUCAACGCUCUGCACUUGGCAGCCAAAGAAGGCCACGUGGGCUUGGUUCAGGAAUUGCUGGAAAGGGGCUCUUCAGUGGACUCUGCUACAAAGAAAGGCAAUACUGCACUUCACAUUGCAUCCUUGGCAGGACAGGCUGAAGUUGUAAAAGUUCUAGUUAAGGAAAAAGCCAAUAUUAAUGCACAAUCACAGAAUGGCUUCACUCCUUUAUACAUGGCAGCUCAAGAAAACCACAUUGAAGUGGUGAAAUAUCUUCUGGAGAAUGGAGCCAACCAGAGCACUGCUACUGAGGAUGGCUUCACUCCCCUCGCAGUUGCGCUGCAGCAAGGGCACAAUCAGGCAGUGGCUAUCCUCCUGGAGAACGACACCAAGGGUAAAGUACGGUUGCCUGCGUUGCACAUUGCUGCCAGGAAAGAUGACACCAAAUCAGCCGCGCUUCUGCUCCAGAAUGAUCACAAUGCUGAUGUUCAGUCCAAGAUGAUGGUGAAUAGGACAACUGAGAGUGGCUUCACACCUUUGCACAUAGCAGCACACUAUGGAAAUGUUAAUGUGGCAACACUUCUACUCAACCGAGGAGCUGUUGUGGAUUUUACAGCAAGGAAUGGAAUCACCCCACUGCAUGUGGCUUCCAAAAGGGGCAACACAAACAUGGUGAAGCUCUUGUUGGACCGCGGAGGGCAGAUCGAUGCCAAAACCAGGGAUGGCCUGACUCCACUGCAUUGUGCUGCACGAAGUGGGCAUGAUCAAGUUGUAGAGCUUCUCUUGGAACGAGGUGCCCCACUGCUUGCAAGGACAAAGAAUGGUCUCUCUCCACUUCACAUGGCUGCCCAAGGUGAUCAUGUGGAGUGCGUCAAACAUUUGCUCCAGCACAAAGCUCCUGUUGAUGAUGUCACACUAGAUUACCUGACUUCUCUCCACGUUGCUGCACACUGUGGUCACUAUCGUGUUACCAAACUCCUGCUGGACAAGAGAGCAAAUCCAAAUGCUCGUGCUCUGAAUGGUUUUACUCCACUGCACAUUGCUUGCAAGAAAAAUCGCAUUAAAGUCAUGGAACUGCUGGUGAAAUACGGGGCUUCAAUCCAAGCUAUAACAGAGUCGGGCCUCACACCUAUACAUGUGGCUGCAUUUAUGGGCCAUUUGAACAUAGUUCUCCUUCUGCUGCAGAAUGGAGCCUCUCCAGAUGUCACUAACAUUCGAGGGGAGACUGCAUUGCACAUGGCGGCUCGAGCAGGACAAGUGGAGGUGGUCCGCUGCCUCCUAAGAAAUGGUGCUUUGGUUGAUGCCCGUGCAAGGGAGGAACAGACUCCACUGCAUAUUGCCUCCCGUCUGGGUAAAACAGAAAUUGUACAGCUGUUGUUGCAACAUAUGGCACACCCAGAUGCUGCCACUACUAAUGGAUAUACACCACUGCACAUCUCUGCUCGAGAAGGUCAAGUGGACGUAGCAUCAAUUCUGUUGGAGGCGGGUGCUGCAAACUCUUUGGCUACCAAGAAGGGCUUCACACCACUGCACGUAGCAGCCAAAUAUGGAAGCCUGGAUGUAGCAAAACUCCUGUUGCAGCGCCGUGCGUCUCCUGAUUCAUCUGGAAAGAAUGGUCUCACCCCCCUCCAUGUUGCUGCUCACUAUGACAACCAGAAGGUGGCGCUACUGUUGCUGGAGAAAGGUUCUUCUCCCCAUGCUACUGCCAAGAAUGGAUAUACUCCUCUGCACAUUGCUGCUAAGAAGAAUCAGAUGCAGAUAGCCACGACGCUGCUUGAUUAUGGAGCAGAGACGAAUAUUUUGACCAAACAAGCAGUUACUCCACUUCACCUGGCUUCCCAAGAAGGUCAUGCAGACAUGGUGAACUUGCUUCUGGAAAAAGGAGCCAACAUUCAUGUGGCGACAAAGAGUGGACUUACAUCUUUACAUUUGGCAGCUCAAGAAGAUAAAGUGAAUGUAGCAGACAUGCUGAUCAAGCAUGGAGCCAACAAAGAUGCACAGACUAAGCUAGGUUACACGCCACUGAUUGUAGCUUGUCACUAUGGAAACGUCAAGAUGGUAAACUUUCUCCUAAAGCAAGGGGCUAACGUUGGUGGUAAGACAAAGAAUGGCUACACUCCUCUGCAUCAAGCCGCUCAACAAGGUCAUACUCACAUUAUCAAUGUUCUUCUCCAACAUGGGGCCAAGCCAAAUGCCAUCACAGCUAAUGGCAACACUGCAUUAGCAAUUGCUAGACGUCUGGGAUACAUCUCAGUGGUCGAUACACUGAAGGUUGUAACUGAGGAAGUCAUUACCACCACAACGACUGUAACUGAGAAACACAAGCUCAAUGUACCUGAAACGAUGACUGAAGUUUUGGAUGUCUCUGAUGAGGAAGGUGAUGACACUAUGACGGGAGAUGGGGGAGAAUACCUUAGGCCAGAAGAUCUGAAAGAAUUAGGUGAUGACUCAUUGCCCAGCAGUCAGUUCCUAGAUGGUAUGAACUAUCUGAGAUACAGCCUGGAAGGAGGGCGAUCUGACAGCACUAUGCCCAGCCUGCGAUCCUUCAGUUCAGACAGGUCCCAUACGCUGAGCCACACCUCCUACAUGAGGGACAGUACCAUGAUUGAUGACACGGUCAUCAUCCCCAGCCACCAGGUAUCUACAUUGGCUAAAGAAGGUGAGAGAACGUCAUAUCGCUUAAGCUGGAGUCCCGACAAUCUGGACAAUGUUACUAUUUCUGCUAGCCCUAUUCAUUCUGGCUGCCUGGCUUCAAAAAAGGAGAUUGGAUCAUUGCUAACAAGCCACUCCUCUCCAUGUUUUGACCAUGACAACAGCAGUUUCCUGGUCAGUUUCAUGGUGGAUGCUCGAGGUGGAGCUAUGCGGGGUUGCAGACACAAUGGGCUCCGAAUCAUUAUUCCGCCUCGGAAAUGCACUGCUCCAACACGAGUCACCUGCAGGCUGGUCAAGCGCCACAGAUUGGCCACAAUGCCCCCUAUGGUUGAAGGAGAAGGCCUGGCUAGCCGUCUGAUUGAAGUAGGACCCUCUGGUGCUCAGUUCCUUGGUAAACUUCACCUGCCUACGGCUCCUCCCCCACUUAAUGAGGGAGAAAGUUUGGUCAGCCGAAUCCUUCAGCUGGGGCCUCCUGGGACCAAAUUUCUUGGGCCUGUGAUUGUCGAGAUCCCUCACUUUGCGGCUCUACGUGGGAAAGAAAGGGAACUGGUGAUCCUGCGCAGUGAGAAUGGAGACAACUGGAAGGAACAUUUCUGUGAAUAUACAGAGGAUGAGCUGAAUGAAAUCCUAAAUGGGAUGGAUGAAGUCCUUGACACUCCUGAAGAGCUAGAGAAGAAACGCAUUUGCCGUAUUAUCACUCGGGAUUUCCCACAAUACUUUGCUGUGGUAUCCCGUAUCAAGCAGGAUAGCAACCUUAUUGGACCUGAGGGAGGUGUCCUGAGCAGUACAGUAGUACCUCAAGUCCAGGCUGUCUUUCCAGAAGGAGCGCUAACCAAGCGCAUUCGUGUGGGUCUGCAGGCACAACCUAUGCACAAUGAACUUAUAAGGAAGAUUUUAGGCAACAAAGCUACAUUCAGCCCUAUAGUUACCCUGGAACCCAGGAGAAGAAAAUUUCAUAAGCCAAUAACAAUGACUAUUCCUGUCCCAAAAGCUUCCAGUGAUGUAAUGCUUAAUGGAUAUGGGGGAGAAACACCCACACUAAGACUACUGUGCAGUAUAACAGGUGGAACAACACCUGCUCAGUGGGAAGAUAUUACAGGAACAACGCCAUUAACGUUUGUCAAUGAAUGUGUUUCCUUCACAACAAAUGUAUCUGCCAGGUUUUGGUUGAUAGACUGUAGACAGAUACAAGAAUCUGUUACAUUCGCUUCCCAAGUAUACAGAGAGAUUAUUUGCGUACCCUACAUGGCCAAAUUUGUAGUGUUUGCCAAAUCGCAUGAUCCCAUAGAAGCACGGUUAAGAUGUUUCUGCAUGACAGAUGACAAGGUGGAUAAAACCCUAGAACAACAAGAAAACUUUGCUGAAGUUGCUCGAAGCAGGGAUGUAGAGGUGCUAGAAGGAAAGCCCAUCUAUGUAGACUGCUUUGGAAAUUUAGUACCAUUAACCAAGAGUGGCCAGCAUCACAUAUUCAGUUUUUAUGCCUUCAAAGAAAAUAGGCUUCCACUGUUUGUCAAGGUUCGGGACACAACUCAAGAGCCCUGCGGACGACUGUCGUUUAUGAAAGAACCUAAAUCUUCAAGAGGCCUAGUGCAUCAAGCCAUCUGCAAUCUGAACAUCACAUUACCAGUUUACACAAAGGAAUCAGAAUCAGAUCAAGAACAGGAAGAAGAGAUUGAUACGGCAUCAGAAAAACAUGAUGAUGAAACAGAAUCGACCGAAACAUCAAUCCUGAAAAGUCACCUUGUCAAUGAAGUCCCUGUCCUUGCCAGUCCAGAUUUGCUUUCUGAAGUCUCUGAGAUGAAACAAGACUUGAUCAAAAUGACGGCUAUCUUGACAACAGACUCUUCUGAAAAGUCAGGUUCCAUAAAGGUGAAGGAUCUCGUGAAAGUUGCUGACGAAGAACCGGGAGAACCUUUUGAAAUUGUGGAAAGAGUUAAAGAGGACUUAGAAAAAGUAAAUGAAAUUCUGAGAAGCGGAAGUUGCCCUAGAGAACAGCCAACGGUUAAGAGAUCCAGUUCCGGAACACAGCUGGUAGAAGAAGAGUGGGUUGUUGUAAGUGAUGAAGAAAUUGAGGAGGCCAAGCAAAAUGCUCCUCAGGAAGCCACAGAACCUACUUGUGUUGAAAUCAGAACAGGCAAAAGAAAAACAGAGAAAGAAAAGAAAGAUAUGGCAGGAAUGGUGGAUUAUCUCAGCAAGGAUCUCAGUGCGUGUGCAUCACUUAACAAAGUGCAGCCACAGACUUUUCAAGAAGAUAUAGUAGCUGAGAGAUUUGAAGCAGUUGUUGUAAGCAGAGGUUCUGAUGAAGGUGGGCGUCACUCUACAUCAGUUGAGAGCCGAGAGAAACAAGAUCAGUGCAAACCUACCUUGGGCAUUAAAAAACCAGUUAGAAAAAAAUUAAAAGAAAAACAAAAGCCAAAGGACAAGGAAGCCCCAGGAAAACAAACACCUUCAGGGCUAGAAAAGGUUAGCUCUGAGGAGUCGUUAGAUGAAGAUCAAGGGCUAGCCCCUGCAGAGCCUUCCAAAGUAAAGGCUGUGUCUCCUGUAAUAGAAGAAACUCCCAUUGGCUCAAUCAAAGAUAAAGUAAAAGCUCUUCAGAAGCGAGUGGAGGAUGAGCAGAAGGGACGUUCAAAAUUACCUGUCAGGCACCCAGGAAAAGAUGGGGCAUCUGAAAAGCCUAUUACAAAGCCAUCACAAGUUAAAAAAGCUGUUUACAAAACAAAGCUCCCAGCGUCUCCUGCUGCCUCAAAAUCACCAACUUCUCCUGCUGCCUCAAAAUCACCAGCGUCUCCUGCUGCCUCAAAAUCACCAGUGUUUCCUGCUGCCUCAAAAUCACCAGCUUCUCCUGCUGCCUCAAGACUUCCAUCUUCUACUGCCUCAAAAUCACCAUCAUCUCCCUCUGCCUCAAAACUCUCUUCUUCUCCUGCUACCAAGAAAGCUGUUUCACCCACAUCUAAGAAGCCACCUUCACCCACAUCCAAGAAGCCACCUGUUUCACCCACAUCUAAGAAGCCACCUUCACCCACAUCCAAGAAGCCACCUGUUUCUCCCACAGCUAAGAAGCCCCCAGUAUCACCGUCUUCCAAAACAGAAAGACUUGAAGAAACUAUGUCUGUUCGUGAGCUGAUGAAAGCCUUCCAGUCAGGCCAAGACCCAUCGAAGCACAAAGCCGGACUUUUCGAGCAUAAGUCUGUAAAGCAAAAACAGCAGACCUCUGACAAAGAGCCGGCUAAGAAAGGGGUCACUCAGGUAGACAGUGAAAAGAAACAGGCAUUGACACAAAAAGAGGCACACAAAAAAGAGAGUCCCAAGACCAAAAAAGGCCAGGAGGCUCCAGCAGAGGUAGGUUUGCCACUUAAAAAGGAGACACGGAGCAUUCCUGACAUAAUUUUGAAAGAAGAUUCAGCCAUACAGCAGGCAAAAGAGCAGAGUGGCAAGGCUGGCAAAAAACUUUCUCCAGUUGUUGUAGUUGAUGAUGGAAGUUCUAAGGAUGUGACCCUGACAUUUGAUGAGCAUGGGGAUGCUGAACUUCAAAUCAGCCCCGACAGAAAGGCUUCGACAGAUUUUUCUGCUGUCAUAAAGGAAGAGCUUGAGGACAAUGACAAAUACCAACAGUUCCGGCACAUUUCAAUUACUGAGGAAGGUGAGCUUCACUUAGAUCAAGUACUGACCAGUCCAUUCAAUGUUACAUUUCCAUCGGAAUACGUGAAAGAUGGGUUUUUGCCCACCCUCUCCUUGCAAAGUGGUGCUUUGGAUGGCAGCUCAGAGAGCCUUAAGCAUGAAGGCAUAGCAGAUUCUCCGAUUGGUAGCCUGCUUGAUGGAACCCCACAGAUCAGCUCUGAGGAAAGUUAUAAGCAUGAGGGCCUGGCUGAAACUCCAGAAACAAGCCCCGAGAGCCUGUCUUUCUCAACAAAAAAACCAGAACCUGUUGAUCAGUUGGAAGAAACGGAACUAGCCAGUGCAAUGCAAAGAACAGCAGAACCACAUUCACCAAAAGAGCGUUCUCCAGCAAAAAUUGAAAGGACAAUUGCUGACAGAGACCUGAAAGACAUCACAGAGACUCUAGAGUCUGAUAGCCAUCAUUUGUCAAAAGGUUGUCAGAUUACAGCCUCCAAGGAAGCGACACACAUAUGUACAGAUUCUAGCUCAACUUCUAUUAGUAAGCAUAAUGUCAGGGAUGAGGAAUCUAUGGCCAUUGCACAAGGACAUUUAACUAAGUUGAAUGAAACACAUGACACUUCUGUAGAGAAACAGAAGGAUUCAGCCACUGUACACCAAACUGUUAGUAAAGGACUGGAACUAUUGCUUUCUAGCCAUGAGUGUGAAGGUCUUAGCCCAGUUGCCGAUGAAUCCAUAGCUAUAAGCCAUAAAGAUUCGCUGGAAGCAAGCCCAGUGUUGGAAGAUAAUUCAUCACGCAAAACACCCGACUCCCUUGAGCCAAGUCCUACCAAAGAGUCUCCCUGCCGUGAUUCUUUGGAAAGCAGCCCUGUAGAACAGAAGUCAAAAAUUCUUCUUGGAUCUGGUCCCAUUCAGACUGUCCCUGCCAAAGCAGAACAUUUCCCUGAGCUGGCACCUGUGCGGUCCAGGCUUUUACGAGAUCCUGAUGGAAGCGCAGAAGAUGACAGCUUGGAACAAACCUCCCUUAUGGAGAGUUCAGGCAAAAGUCCUCUUUCACCUGAGACUCCUAGCUCUGAGGAAAUUAGCUAUGAAAUCACUCCCAAGUUAGCAGACUCGCAGGCACUAUUAAAUAUUUCCAAAUCAGCUGUGAUCCCUGAAGUCAAUGAAGAGCCAGAAGAUGAUUCAGAAGAGGAACCAAAGAAAAGAUUUACACCAGAAGAAGAGAUGUUCAAGAUGGUGACCAAAAUUAAAACGUUUGAUGAGCUGGAACAGGAAGCAAAGCAGAAGAGAGACUAUAAGAAGGAUUCCCAACUUGAUGAUACCAUUUCAACUCCUGAUCUGGAAACCACUGCUGAAACUGAAGCUGCACUUUCAACCACUGAGGAAUAUAAUGUGCCCGCCAUAGUGACCUCUACAGCUGAAUUUAGGAAGACUUCUUCCUCUUCAGAGAGUGAGCCAGAAUUGACAAAAUUGAAAAAAGAAGCAGACUCUGGGCUUUUAAUGGACCCUGUAAUUAGAGUUCAGCCUCCUUCACCUCAUCUUUGCAAUAUGGAUUCCAGUUCUAGUCCUGAAGAAACAGAGUUUCAGCCCAUUGAGCCCAAACAGCAUGCUUUCAGUACUGAGGAGGAAAACACAGAAUCAGAUAAGCCAACAGAAGAGGCAAAAAUGUCUGGUGAUACCUCUCUUGCCUCUGAUGCUAGCAUUAUAGCACAGGCUAGUGAAUCAAAGUGCUACAGCACAGAUGAAAGUGAUACAGCUAGCCCAAAUGGCCCCAUGAUGCACCUUGAGGAGGCAUUCUACCACUCUGUUAGUGAUGAUGCCCAGAAAGGAACUGAUUUGAAUCAGACUUCAGAGGCAUUGCACCACCAGUGUGAUUCACAAGAAGAUGCAGCAGCUGAGAGGGUCCCACACCAAGACCCCUCUGAUAUGGAAUGUACAGAGGGUUCUUGUGCACCUGGUACCUCUCAUUGCUGUGCAUCCAAAAAUGAUGAAUUGGCAACUGAUGUUUCACCAGUACAUUCCCCUUCAGAAAGUGAUUUGGUUAGAACUGACGUAGAUUUUGAGGUGUCUCAAAGGGAUUUUUGUAGCACAGAGUACUCCACAGAAUAUUCAUCUCUAACCACCCAGAAGGGUGAAUGUGACAAUUAUGUUGAAGAUGUUGACCAAGGUAGUACUCUAGCUAUAAUAAGCCCUUAUGAAAAUGUUCCCUCACAGCAUUUUUUUACUAGCAGUGAAAUUAGUACAGGAGUUGAUUCAAGGAUGCUACAAGACCAGUUGUCUAGGGGUGAUUGUUCUGCUGAACCAAAAACUAUCUUCACAGAUGAAAGAACAGUAACAAGUUCCCCUCAUAAACCAGCAUUGGCAAGUUCUGAUGGUUACUUUUCAGAAGAUGUCUAUAUGGAGAUUGAAUCCAAGCAUAUGGAUGUGUUCCAAAAGCAAUCAACUCCAAUGCCUUCGACAGCAGACCCUGCAGCUCUUGAUGAAGCUGCUUUACAAGAUAUCAGGGAUGAAGCUGAGAAAAUAAUCAGCCAAGUGAUCAUAACUAGGACAGAUGUGGAUUUGGAUAAAUGGAGUGAAAUGCGUGAAGAUGAUGAUGCCUUUGAAGCUCGGAUGAAAGAAGAAGAACAAAAAAUAUUUGGCUUAAUGGUAGACCGGAGAUCACAAGGCACCACACCCGACACCACACCUGCCAGGACUCCUACAGAAGAAGGAACACCUUCCAGUGAGCAAAACCCCUUUCUUUUCCAGGAAGGUAAAUUGUUUGAAAUGACAAGGAGUGGUGCUAUUGACAUGACCAAGAGGAAUUAUUCUGAUGAAGACUUGCACUUUUUUCAAAUGGGUCAGCAGUCUCAGGAAGAGGUGUCAUUAUCUGAAGAAAUGAAAGAAGCUGAAGGCAUGGCAUCUUCCCAAUCAGAGGUACCCCCAGUUCCAUCUGCAUCUUCUGUAUUUGAUGAAGCUGAUGCACGUAUAAAAAGUUCGCUCAUACCUGCUCUGGAAGAUGACACCGCCAGUCCUUAUAGCCCAAAGGGGGACAUUAAAUGUAGAAUUCCUAUCAAGAUGGGUAUUUCAGCCUCUUCUAAGUCACCAAAGAAAGAAACUGGUGCCUCUGAUGCUGAUCUCUCCUCUGGAGCUGACACUGGUGACGUGUUUGACAACUCUCAGGUGCCUUUCCCUAUUUCUCCUGAGCAGACUGUGAUUGAUGUACAGUUAGAUUUUUCAACAGUCACACGGUCUGUAUAUUCUGAGCAGGAAGAUGAUUCUCCAGACUCCUCGCCAGAGGAUCAGAAAUCUGUCAUUGAAAUCCCUACUGCUGUCAUGGAAAGCAUGCCUCCUCCUGAAGGCAAAUCCAAAAUUCCUGUAAGGCCAACUCACCAUUCAAAAGAUGAUUGCCCUGCUUCAGAUCACUUUGUGGGCACCCUAGUAGAAUCACAGAUUGAUAAAUCUAAACCAAAGUCAAAAAUUCCAGUCAAGGGAAUUUUCCAAAGAGUUGAACAGGAAUGUAUGUACACAGAGACAUCGGUCUGGAAGCCAGACUCACCUAAACCUCAUGACAUAACAUGCAAACAUCCUAUGAAACAAGAUAGCAGAAGCAGAUCUGAAUCAGACACAAGUGCCUCCAUGGACUCCAAAGCUAAGCGUUCAGUCAAAGCUAGAAGCUAUGCUGAGGCAGAAGCAGAGACCAGAGAGAGGGUGGGUGAGAUGAAGCUUGAGCUAGAAUCAGACGAGCUGAUGACUGCCCAACCAAAGAUAUUUCCUUCGCGAUUGCCUAUUAAGAGCAGAAGCAUCUCAGCUUCCCGCAGUGACCUUAGCCCCUCAAAAGAAAGUAAGGAACAUUUUUUUGAACUUUACAAAAACUCCUUAGAAUUCUUUGAAGAGAUUAGUGAUGAAGCAUCCAAGUUAGUGGAUAGACUUAUACAAUCAGAGAGAGAACAAGAAUUAGUUUCAGAUGAUGAAAGUAGUAGCGCCCUAGAAGUUUCGGUUAUUGAAAAUAUGCCAUCCAUUGAGACCCAACAGUCAGUUGCCGAGGACAUCUUUGACACCAGGCCCAUUUGGGAUGAGUCCAUUGAGACUCAGAUUGAGCGUAUUCCUGAUGAAAAUGCCCCCGAUCAUGUUGAAGAUCAACAAGAUGAUCAAGAGAGAACAGAGGAAAGACUGGCACAUAUUGCUGAUCAUCUUGGAUUCAGUUGGACAGAACUAGCAAGAGAACUGGAUUUCACAGAAGAACAAAUUCAUCAGAUCCGAAUUGAGAAUCCAAAUUCACUGCAGGACCAGAGUCAUGCACUGUUGAAAUAUUGGUUGGAAAGGGAUGGGAAACACGCCACCGAUUCAAGUCUUACAGAGUGUCUUACAAAAAUUAACCGUAUGGACAUUGUUCAUCUAAUGGAGAGUGUGGAAAGUUCCCAGGACCAUGGUCGCACCUAUGCAGAAAUUGAACAGACCAUAGGACUGGAUCACAGUGAAGGGUUUUCGGCACUCCGUGAAGAUCUGUAUAACACAAAGGAUAAAAAAGAAGAGGAGCAUUCUUUUUCUAAAGAUAGUGAGCAGUCUGAUCAGCCUCCUCUUGUGUCUGAAGAAGAUCUUUCGCUUAGCUACACAUCCUUGCAUGAAGGCACACCCAGGGCUGAGGCAGAAAUAUCCGUUACAGAACUCCUACGACAAGCACACAAAGGUCGGGUAGAAGCUGAAUUCUCAGGGAAACCUCAUGAGCUGCCAGAAGACGCAUCCGCUGCACAGGAAUACUUUGUUACAACAGGCCAGGAUCAGACACAAGCACCAAAGGGUGGAAGAGCAGCAAGUGUUGCCAGUGAAAAGUCUGAAUGCUCUACUGCAGGGUCUGAUGAUCAUGAAAGGCCAUACCUUCAUACCCCUACAUCUAGUGAGAGGACUGAUUCACCCAUUGUACAGGAACCGGAGGAUCAUCAUUUCCAUCAAGAAGAUCCAUAUCCUAGAAAAACUAGCCUGGUGAUUGUGGAAUCAACUGAUGAACACUCAGAACAGUCAGAAAGAUAUGAAGAAGAAUUAUUGGAAAAGGGUGAUGAUAUGCCUGAAAUGCCACCAGAAGCAGUAACAGAGGAGCAAUAUACAGAUGAACAUGGCCAUAUUGUAGUAAAAAAGGUCACUAGAAAAAUCAUAAGACGAUUCGUUUUGCCAGAUGGCACAGAAAAGGAAGAAGUUGUCAUGCAAGGAACACCCCAGGAUCCCGUGACAGUGGAAGAGGGAGAUGAAUACUCCAAAGUCAUAAAACGGGUUGUACUGAAGAGUGACAGCGAGCAAUCCGAGGUGACGUUUUCUGAGCCAAGGGUUCUGUCUAGCCCCUCAGAAUUUCAGUCUGAGCCAGUGGAAGGCCGGAAAGUCAGCAAAGUUGUGAAGACCACAUUAGUGCAUGGAGAAAGAAUGGAGAAGCACCACGGAGACUCUAGUUUAGCUGCUGAUCUUCCUUCAGCCAAAGAUGACUUUGAAGCGGACAACAAUGAGUAAAGCCAGUACACAGAAGAGGACUGUGGUUAAGGACCAGUUUGGAAAACGUGUUCAUGUGGAAGUGCUGGAGGAUACACCGGAAGCCCUACCCCAGGAUGACCUUCAGAAUGACCUUCAGAAACUGCUAAGACAUUUCUGCAAAGACGAGUGGAAGCAAGAGGCCAAAUGAGAUGCUGCUAAGUCUCGCCCACAGACCAACACACAUAUCCAUUCGACAUUUACCGUCCACUUCCUUCUUUCACUGUAGAUGUCAUGAAAAUGUAAUCACCAGAAGACGCCGACAUUUCUACUUGGGGCAUAUAUAGUUGAAUAUAUUUUUUCUUUUUUUUUCUUUUUUUCUUUUUAAAAUAUCUGUAAGCUAAUUUGUGACCAAAGAUAGCAUCCUUUGUUAGGGAUGGUUCGUCUACUAAAAGUCGUCUACUUUGUGCUGUGCUGGAAACUUGUCUUCCCAUCUUUGCUGUUCCUUUGCUUCUACACCAGAUCCAUUAAAAAAAAAAACCAGCUUCUUCCACAGGCCUCUUCGACUGACAAUGUACAUGUUUUUUUUUAAAAGGGAUAGUAACAUCACCGUGUAAAUAGCCAACGUGCUCAAACUGGUGAGACUGAAUGAAAACACUGCCUAUCAUGACUACUUUUAGCAGCGUGGACUGCAAGGUCUCUUGAAAUUGCUGAAGAGAAAUUUAUGUAUUAUUGCUGACACAAUCCAGUAAGUAUAGAACAUGAAUCUACUGGGAAGGAAGCAUGUCAGGCCUCCUGUGCCCUUAGGACUUCCGGCAACGAUCUACCAUAGUUAAAAAUUUCUAAAAAGACUGAAACAUCAGACUCCAUCGGUUUCCAUUAAAGAUGGAUGGACUGUAGCCACUGCCCCCUUUCUGAUUCCUGGAAAGCCACCUAAAGAUUUCUUGCAGGAAAAUAAAUAUCCAGUUAACUUGCUAGCAGCUAUAUCUGUGGCACAUUUGCAUACUGUAUUCAAAUAUUUUAGAUUCGGAUUAUGAGGCAGGGUGUAUUAAACGGUUCUAACUACUGUAGUUUCCUUUCUUCGUCACUGCUUUAGCAAACCACUCUUUCUUACUGGUGGUACUUUCUGCUGGCCACUGCACUGUAGAUAACUUAAGAAGGGGAACACAAUUCUCACUCACUUGUGAGAAAGGUUACUCUAAAUUUACCACAUUCUAUCAAGAUUGCCUCCUGCCUGGUACAUGCAUGUGGCAUUGAAAAAUCGAAACACAACCCUCUUGUAAUCAUGUCAACAGCUUCUCAUCCCUCUUAGCACUGAGCGAGCAGUUUGAUCCUUCCAUUUGAGAGAUUUGAGGUGGGUUUUUUUUCCACUGAAGGAUAUGAAUCCAUUGGGCAUUUGACAUCUAUUGUUCUUUUUAUUUAUGUUUCUUAACUAACUUUUGAGAAUCAUCAUGUAAAUGUCUACACUUUGAUUUUCCAAGAAGGGUACCUGCGACUCUGGAAUAAUUCUGUGGUUUGUUCCUAAUCCCGAUAGUGGUCUGAAGCUCUGUAGCAUUUUAACAUUAUAUAUGUAAUUAUAUAUAUAUAUUAUAUAUAUAUACAUAUAAAAACAAUAUACAUUUUGAGUCAGUUAUUUGAUAAAGGUAAAGUAUAUUCAACAAAAAUGAGUUUUUUGAAACCUAGCCAGUCUUUCCUUCUUGCAAAAAUAUAAUUCACUCAGUGCUCAGAAUACUGAACAUAAAUGGCAUCUCAUUAAAACAACUUAUGCUGAUAAAAAAGAAAAAAAUUAGGAGGUUUGGUUUCCUGCUAUGAAAGCUAACCAAAAGUGCCAUGCUAAUUUUUUCUUCUACUUUUUGGCUGGCAAGCAGGAAGCAAGCCCUUGCGACUGCCAAAAGAGGAGUCUUGUUUCAGGACACACAAGAGCUCAUUUUUCAUUGUCAAGAACAUCACUGGUUGACAUUCAAGAACAGGGCUCGAGAAGAAACGCAUUUCUGUUGUGUUAUUUGCAGUGCGGAUGAUGUUCUGUGUAACAGCAUAAUGGCUAUUCUCCUUUUUUCAGUUUUGUUUUGGUUUUUUGCUGUGUUAUCAGAGAACUUGAAUACUGUGAGAAGAAGUGAUUUUAAGUUGAUGAAUCAGCAUCUUGUUCCUAUGGUGAUAACACUAACUGAAUAUAUCUAUGAGGGCAUGUAUUAGUUAAAAGAUUUUAAAAAACCAACCAACCAACCAAGAACACUAACAAUACAUAGCUACAAUGUGUACAAUGGAUGAUUUAAUUAAAUAAAAAUGUACAAGUGUUAAAUGUA